GCCGCAGAGCCAAAGCACACUGGAUAUGGGCAAAUAAAAUAACUUGUUCCACUAUGAGGCUGGACUGAGAGCAGUCGGACCUGGUGCUCAAGCUGAGGCUCUUGGCUGCAGGGAGCCCAGCCGGACUAGAUUCACUGCUAAUCCAGCAGAAGGAGCAUGUAGGGACAACCUGCUGGACUUUCUACUUUUUUUUUUACCAUUGUCAGGCCUGUUGGAAGUUGUGUUCUGGCCUCUUUGAGGAUGUGAGGAUGCCAUCUUUGCAUGCAUGCUGAGAAAACCUGUUUGUGCUGGAAGUUCAUGGCCAAAUGUAGAGCUGUUGUGGCUGAUGAAAAGCAGUUUGGAGGAACUAUGUCAGCCACUCAAGGGAUGAACCACAGUGGUGUCUACAACUACUUCCUCAACAUGGUGGCCUAUCAGAUAUGCUGUUGCUGUGGACCAGCUCCCUGCUCGCUCUGCUGUGCCUUUUGUCCUCCAGUCAAAUCGUCCACUAGCACGCGGGUCAUGUACACCCUCUUCCACAUCAUGAGCUGCGCCGUCUCUUGCCUCAUGCUGUCCCGCACCGUCUCCGAGCUUGUCAGAGAAAAUGUGCCUUUCUUUAACAUGGUGUGUGACCAGGCGCAUGGCGGAGGCCACUGUGAAAUGCUGGUGGGCUACUCAGCGGUCUACAGAGUCUGCUUUGGCACUUCCUGUUUCUACCUGAUGAUGGCGAUCUUCCUCAUAGAUGUGAAGUCCAGUCAGGACUUCAGAGCACUCAUACACAACGGCUUCUGGUUCCUGAAGUUCAUCACUCUGCUUGGGAUGUGUACCGCUGCCUUCUUCAUCCCAACAGAGUCCUUCCUGCACGCUUGGCAUUAUGUUGGGGUGGUGGGAGGGUUUGCCUUCAUCCUCAUCCAGCUCAUCCUCAUUACAGCUUUUGCACACACCUGGAACAAGAACUGGUUGACCGGUGCAGCAGAAAACAAACGUUGGUAUCUGGCAGUGAUGUGCGCCACCCUCUUUUUUUACACUAUCGCCACCAUGGCCUUCACCUUCAUGUACAAGUACUACACACACCCCAUCGCCUGCCACUUCAACAAGGCCCUGCUGUGGAUCAACCUGGGACUGUGCGGCCUCAUGUCCUUCAUUGCCAUCACACCAUGUGUGAAGCAGAAGCAGCCCCGGUCGGGCCUCCUUCAGGCCUCCAUCAUCAGCUGUUAUGUCAUGUACCUCACUUUCUCUGCGCUGUCCAGCCGCCCGCCAGAGAAAGUGGUGUAUCAGGGCAUGAACAUGACCGUCUGUUACCCCAGUGUGGGACAAGAUGGCAUCCAGAAAGAAGGCAAUGCUGUGGCCAUAAUUGGAGCUGCCAUCAUGUACUGCUGUGUCCUCUUUGCAUGUAAUGAAGCUUCCUACCUGGCAGAGGUGUUUGGUCCGUUUUGGAUGAUCAAAGUUUACCGUUAAGAGUUCCAGAAAGCCACCUGCUGCUUCUGCUGCCCUGAGGAAGAGGAAGGUGAGGAUGAGUUUGUGAUGGAUGACGAGAACAAAGGCUGUCAGAAGGUCAUUCACAACGAGACGCAGAGAGUGGCCUACAGCUACUUCUUCUUCCAUUUUGUCUUUUUCUUGGCCUCGCUUUAUGUCAUGAUGACCCUCACUAACUGGUUCAGGUUAGUUAACGACACAGUGCUUGUUCUUAUUGAGAUUCUUAUGAUUUCUAAAGGACUUUAUAAAAUUCUUACGGAGGAGAGGGGAUCAGAAGAGGUGGAGGAUUAUGUAUUUUUUAUAUUUUUGCAAGUAGAUCAUUUUGUCAUUUGCAUUUUAGCAGUUUCUCUGGGGAUAAAUAAAAUUUGACCUUAUUUUAUUACUGUGAG